AUGUCUGUCGAUCAAAAUGCACUUUUUGCAAUCGUACAGUAUGAUGACGGUUUUUUUUUUCGUUUACAAAGCGACGACGAAAGGUUUGUUCUGAGUAAACAACGCUCGUUUAUUCAUCGAUUUCACAUUCCAGCAAUUCGAACAGUCGAUUACUAUUGCCGAGCAACACACGAGAGCGCGAUUUCCUCUAAACCUCCAACAAUACGGAAUUCAGUGAAUUUUUCACAAAAUCAACUGACAAAAACAUCAACGUUGUCUACCGUUGUUCUCAAUAGUAAUGCCAAUAAAACAGUUGGAAUAGUUUCCAAUGCGAAUAUUCCCCGUACUCCAGAAGAUAAGUCGAAAGCAUCGUCCGAGGACCCCUCCGACAGCAAAGCGGAAACUGAUUUGAUAAAAGAUGAGAUUUCUGUAAAUUCUCUAUUGGAACAAGAGGAAGAACAAGCUGUAAUUGACGUUCCUGAACUUCAUCAUGGUCCACACUAUGAGUUAGAUUGGGAAUUUAUCGAUAAAGACACCAUUCGCGUAACGUUCGAUCUCUAUUCAAUUCCAAGUUCAUUAGUCGAAAACAAUAUCUACUCCGAUAAGAAUGAACGAAAGUAUAGUUUAUUAGCAUUGAUGGCUUCGAUGCCAACUCGACCACUGAAAUCCAUCACUUCGCUACAAUAUUUCGUUUUCAUCAUUCGACCGUACCAUAAAAACCGUGAAAUUGUUCUAAAAAUGGAAAAACUAAGCAUUAAAAACACGUCAACGAAUCCAUAUCCUCACUUUUCCAAUGCAUUGUCAUUAACAGCAUUGAACCAUCAUGAAAAAUACAGUGUUUGUAUAUCAUACUAUCAAUCCAACGUAUCGGUAAAAGUACCCGAUUUACUACUCUGUCAAGAUGUUAUUAACGAUUAUGCAAAAUUUGCUGAACUAAGAACAGAUGCUAAGCAUGGACUUCUUUUCAUAACAACACAAUAUUCGAUCAUUCUCGCGCUUCUUGUCGUUUUACAAAGUGUUUUUACACUACGAAAGCGUCGUAUAGCACAAACGGUGGCUCGACAGAUAGCUGCGACUGCAAAUACUAUUCGCUCUACACUUUCGUCCGUCAGUUUGGUACGACAAUCGUUCUCAUCGUUGGACGCAGCGAACGAACAGCAGCACCAUCAGAACAACUCCAGUAAUCAAAUCGUUCAACGUGAACCGACGGUCACGGAAGAAACCAAAUUGAAAAAACGAAUUAUUUCUUCGCCUGCCAUCGUUCUAUGUGAACCAUCAAUAUCGACGGAGAAUGAUCCGACGAGUAUGGAUGAAAAUGAACCAUUCCUUAAACGAGUACCAAGUAAAAAUCACGUCCAUUUUCUCCUUGGUCCCAACGAAGAAGAUGAGGAUACAAUAAAUGAUGACGUUUCUUCGAAUCAACCACCAACAACUACAUCUGUAGAACCAUACAGUGAUCAAUCCGAUGCCCUCCUCUCCAUGGCACAUAUCUUAGAUACAAAUAAGCCAUGGUCCCGACACGGUCAACAAACAUCCCCAGUUUAA